AUGGCUACUAAUUACUCAGUUAAUGAUACAAUAAUAGGCUACAUCACAAAUGUUUCAAACGAAAAUAAAAAAAAAAAAUAUUUCGUCAAGUUCACGUUGUUAACUGAAAAUAAUGAAGUAAUUGAUGGUUGGAUUUUUAGUGGUGUAACUGGUAUUCUGUCAACACCACUUGGUUUAGCUUUGAGCAAUUCAUUAAAAAAUAAAACUGGUAUAAAGUUAUGGGGAUCACUUGAAAACAAUAAUAAUACAUCAACUUUUCGUAUGCAAUCAUGGUCAAAACAUCAGUUGAUGAAUCUUAAUUUUUUUCUCCAAGGCUCUUUAAAUAAUAUUACAUCUAUAAGAAAUGCAUUAACAAGUAAUGAAUCAAAUACAAUACGUAUAUCAAUAAUUGAUAUUCGUCCAUCAGAAAAUUUUACAAGUCAAGGAAUAACACGUACAUCAACAUUUAUAUUAGUUGGGGAUGAAACGGGUACAUGUUAUUUAUUAGCAAUCAAUUUGUUACCAACUGAAAUUGAAAUAGAAAAAACAUAUGAUGCUACUAAGAUACGUAGAAAAUCUUUAAAUGGAUCAUAUGUUCUAUCAACUACAGUCGAUACAAGUAUUUCAUUAUCUACCACGUCAGUAACACCUAACAUUCAUGAUGUGGAACAAACAUUGAGUAUGAACUUAAAUGAUCGAAAAACAAUCAUAACAACUAUACAAGAAGUGGGAGAAAUUCAACGAAUAUAUAAUUGUUCAACAUGUCAAGGUAAUUUAAAUGAAGUAACAAGUGCAGCAGCAUUAUUAUUUUGCGAAAAAUGCCAUCGACAUGUCUUGAAAGCUAAUGUUACAUUACACAUUGCAACUACAAUAGUACUUAAAAAAAAUGAAGAAAACAUUAUUUUGUUUGUCAGCGAUCAAAUACUUUAUCAAUUGCUUGAUAUUAUUGGUGUAACAAUUAACAUGUCUAAUACAGAUAUAGCAAUAGCUAUGAUGUCCAGUACCAACUUAGUAUUUGAUUAUAGCGAAUUGCGCAAAGAACUACUUCAAAUUAUAAAAACAAAUUAA